AUGGGUUUGACCAAAGGACGCAAAGUACGAACCAGGACGGGCGAGAACGAACCAGAUCCUUACAUGGACCUACAACCCAGACCCGAGGGAGACAGGACAUACCAGGAGAUGGCUAUCACCUCAACGGCUUCGUCCAAAACACCAGGAGAAAGACGUCUACCAUCACCAAACCUGAUUUAUCCACCCUCCCCAACCGAUACUUACUCUCCCCGAGACUACCUGGAGACUGGUAAUCGUGACUCCAUCACCUUCAAUGAGCUGGCGCAGUAUAAUGGCCAUGUCAAAAACCUUGGUAACGAGGAGAGACAGGCUGUAGAUGAACUUGUCAAUGCUGUCAGAGACUAUGAUGAUAGUCCGAGUACUGGUGAUGUACGACUGGUUGAUGGUAGUUCCACUCUGGAAGGAAGGGUAGAGGUGUAUUAUGAUAACCUUUGGGGUACGAUAUGCAACCGAGGAUGGGAUAGUACAGACAGUGGUGUAGUCUGCAGACAGCUAGGUUUUCAAGUUUCUUUGAGUAGUCCAAGUUUCGGGCCUGGCAUUCCAACACAACGUAUCUGGUUAGCUGACGUACAGUGUGAAUCAUCCGACCGACGUCUGAACGAGUGUGUUACAGACGGCCAGUGGGGACAGACCUCUACAUGCCCUCAUAACAACGAUGUAGGUGUUAGGUGCUCAGGCUUAAACGUGGGGAUCGCGCCAAAUUACCGAGGGUGCUACCGUUUUGAAGACAGUGCUUUAUCGCACUCAGCACUUACUUUCCCGGCAAAUACUAUUGAGACUUGCUUACAGAGCUGUUCAAUAAAUUUUAUGUUCGCUGGUUUAUAUGGAACCACUUGUGUUUGUGGAGACCAGAUAAAACCUUCAGCCCAACCUGUUGAUAACACUAUGUGUAGAACGCCAUGCCCAGGUAACUCUGCUCAGCUAUGUGGUGACACUGAAGUCAACAUGGAAGUCCUAUCUGUUUAUUCUGUGUCUGUUGGCGAUGGCUACGUCUCAUCACCAUGGUUUCCUGGUAAUUACGUCCUAUCAGGUACUGAUACAUCCCGACCAGACAACCUAAUCUCCAGAACCGAUGUCACUGCGUCAUCGGGGAUGCUCUUGAUUCGAAUCCUGGCUUUCGACCUAGCUCCUGGAGACACACUGAGUGUGGAGGUAGGCGGUAUGACCAUCAACCCUACAACAUUUGGUGAAACCGUGAUGUCUGGACUACCAGAGACGACACUGGUUUUGACUGCGACGUUGACGAGGGCUGUGAACUCGGCUGGAUCAUCGGGAUACAUUAUCACCUUUACCAAUCUUACUUUCACGUUGCACAUCAAGGACAUCACCAAUCACUGA